AUGGUUUCUCCUCUCUGGAAGGCUUGCUCGGAGGGAAACGUCGAGAACGUCGCCGAAUUGCUGAAGGAGGCUACGUCAGUUGACAUCGAGGUCAAAGAUCAUACCGGCGUCACUCCUCUCAUCGAAGCCGUAAAGAACGGACACGUAGAGAUCGUGAGGAUGCUUCUUGACAAAGGAGCAGAGCCCACAAACGCGUCCAGUCAGGGCCCACCGGAGUCCUACACCUCCGAGCCCGUCAUUCACGGUCUGCUUUCUGCGGCCAAAAGCAAAAUGGCGCAGCCUCUGACGAUGCAACCUGAAGGCAUCUAUCAGGAACAGCCCGCAACAGCCCACGUCGACCCGGCCGUCAAUGGAUACUACCCUCCUCCCGGUGCCUACUACUACCCUCCCAUGCCCGGCCCGCCCCCUGUGCUCCCCGAGGGCGCCGUACCCUAUUAUAUGCCCCCUCCGCCUAUGCAGAACGAUCAAAAUGGCUUUGGCAACCUCCCACCCCCCGAAGUUGCUCGCAUGAUCCCUUGCCGAUACUACCCUGCUUGCCGUUACGGUGCUUCGUGCAUGUUCGCUCAUCCGCAGGCACCCUUCAUGCAGGGACCUAAUGCUCCGCCGCCGCCGCAAUACGGGGCUCCUUACGACACAAUGAACUCUACACCUUACCCUCCGCCCAUGUACUAUCCGGUUCCUCCCGGCUCCUACCCUCCCAACAGCGCGCCCGUCAACCACAUGUCCCCCCCUCCGAUGGCUCACGCCCGUUCGGGCUCCGAGGCUAUGUCGCCUGUUCAAGGCCCCUUCAGCCCCUCGAAUGGUCAACCUCCUAUGCCAUACGGCGUGGUCUCACCUGUGUCUCCUCCAUACGGCGGACACGUCUCCAUGCCUGUCUCCGUGCCGCCUUUGCCUCCUCUCCACAACGGUCCCAAUGGUGCACAGUCUCCACUGCAGCCAGCGACCAUGUACCCUCCGAUCUCCCCGAGCGCGUCGGGCGCAGUCCCUCCUUACGCGAUGCCACCGCAAUUUGCCCCGCAACAUAUGGCUUCAAAUGGAGAAGCUCCGGACGUCGUUUCACCAAAAUCGCCCGUUCAUGGACAUCCGCAUGCGGACGCUUAUAACGCUGGCUCGAUGCCUCGGGACAUGGGUCACCAUCGUCGCGGCAGUGCUCGCAGGCCAUCUUUCGGUGGACGCGGUGGAAAGCCUCCUUGCCUUUUCUUCCCCUCAGGCCGUUGCAGGAAUGGCGAUGAAUGCCGCUUUCCCCACGUGCUGCCGGACGGUUCUGGCGUCCACCACCCGUCGCAUUUUUCCGCGCGGGGAGGGCACAGGCCACGCCCUCCCUUCCAUCCUAACGGUGUGGCCACUUUGGAGGACAAAUUUGCCGUCAUGACGACUCACGAAGAGAAGGCUCCGAUGCACGUUCGGAACGGCACUGGCACUGGCACUAGUACCACCGACUCCAGCCGAUCGCAAUCCGCGGAGCCCGGACACAAAGGUCGCCCGCCUUUCAAACCCAGUCACUUCGUGAACGGUGCUGCACGGCCAGACCGGAAGUUUGGACCCAUCAAGCAACAGCGGGUGCCGAACGCAGACGAGUUCCCUGUCCUCAAUGGAUCGACGCCCAUUUCCCGAGCCAGUUCUCUCGGCAACUCUGGCCCCACAGCGGCUCAGAUCUUACAAGCCCCUGCUCCGCGCAAGGAAGUACAAACGCGGGGCAGCACUCCUGAUCUCGUCGCGGCAUCACCUGAUGUCAAGCCCGAGAUCAACGGAAUUGCUCCUGACCAGUCUGCCAGCAAGCGUCCGAUCUCCUUCGCUGCUGCUGCCACCGGCGCACCCGAGCCCGUGAAGGAGUUGUCUGUCGCCGCCUAA